CCUGAAAACCCAGGGUAUUUACGGUGAAAUGUACAUACAUACAUAAUAUGAAUGUACUGUCACCCUGAACAAAGGAUGGCGUGCAACAUGCAUACCAAACUAUUCAAAUUAGAUACGUAUUUACAUAAUGAUGCUAUAUUUAGAUCUUAGAUUCGUCAUUUUUGCGGAAAAGGAGUCAUUCGUAAAUUUAUUGUCCAGCUUAUUGACCGGACACAAUUUUACUUACAAACCUCCUAAAAAAUGGGGUGUCACCCAUGUUGCUGUGGUUCGUUGGAAACUUGGACGAAAGUCAUCGCAAUUCUACAAAUUAUUAAGGCGUCGAUUUCCCUCCUUGAUGGCGUUAUUAUUCUCGCGUUGGGUGGUCUUGUCGCAGCUGCCCCUUCGCUGGCGAACCUCAACGCCACCAUGACUCGCGGUGGAGGAAUGAUAUCGAAUUCUCAUUUUCUCACAACCCUUCCUCCAAAUAAUUCCUUGAGCCAUUUCACUUCCGGUUUUAACACUUCCUCCACGAAUCAUACCGUCGCAAAGGAAUCUGAUUCCGCACAUGUUUUACACUCAAUCGGUGCGAUAUUAAUUGCGGUCAGCAUUUACACGAUUUUAGAGGGACUUGUCACAUUGAUCUUGUCAAUCAUUUUGUAUAACGGAGCAUCCAAUCGAAUCGUUGGAAAAUGUCGAGUCUGGCUUAUUGUCCAAUUUAUCCUUAUGUUACCUGGAAUCUUAUUCUUCCUUGCGGGGUUAACAUUUCUAAAUUUGGACGAAGUGACCAAUAUCAUCGGAGGUGUUGACCUUGUCUUCAACGCGUACUGCCUCUGGAUCGUGUACGCGUUUAUAAGUGAGCUGCGAGGAGAAAAUUUGGCUCACCGAAUUGGGCUUGGACAAGCAUACCAUGAACAAAAGGUGUAACACUUGAGAUUUUACAGAGUAAAAAUGUUUAGAAAAUUAGCUACAAGUAGAUCCUGAAGAAAUAAAACGUUUUAAAGUUUGAUGUGCAAGUACAUAAA